AUGGUGGACGCUUACGAUGUUAUAGCCAACCAGCCAGUAGUGAUUGACAAUGGUUCGGGUGUAAUUAAAGCUGGUUUUGCUGGAGAGCAGAAUCCGCGAUGUCGAUUUGCUAAUUUUGUAGGGCGGCCAAAACAUACAAGGGUUAUGGCUGGAGCUUUAGAAGGAGAUUUGUUUAUUGGUCCAAAAGCUCAGGAAUACAGAGGGCUGCUUUCUUUGAAGUAUCCUAUGGAGCAUGGUAUAGUAACAGACUGGAACGACAUGGAACGUGUAUGGCAGUAUAUUUAUAGUAAGGAACAACUGGAUGUAUUCCCAGAGGAGCACCCAGUUCUACUGACAGAAGCGCCCUUGAACCCUUUGAAAAAUCGAGAAAAGUCUGCCGAAAUUUUUUUUGAAACUUUCAACGUCCCUGCGCUUCACAUACAGAUGCAAGCUGUUCUUUCCUUGUACUCUACUGGGCGCACGACUGGAGUAGUGUUAGACUCUGGAGAUGGAGUCACACAUAUAGUACCAAUAUUCGAAGGGUUCGCGAUACAAAACGGUAUUGAACGGAUGGACAUAGCUGGACGAGAUGUAACGCGUUAUCUUCGUUUGCUUUUGCGUAAGGAAGGGGCCGACUUUCAUAGGUCAUCCGAGUUUGAAAUUGUCCGGGAGAUAAAAGAGAAACUGUGCUAUAUUGCUGUCAACCCAAAUAAAGAGGAGAGCAAUGAAAAUGAGAAGAACACUUACAAACUCCCAGAUGGCUCAAUUCUGGAAGUAGGAGCUGCGAGAUUUCGAGCUGCAGAGGUACUUUUCCGACCGGAUUUGAUUGGUGAAGAAUGGCCUGGUAUUGCUACGGCACUUGAUCUUUCUAUAAGGAAAUGUGACAUGGAUUUAAGGAAAAUUUUGUACAGUAAUAUUGUCCUUAGCGGUGGCUCUACCAUGUUCCAAGGUUUUGGAGAUCGACUCUUAGCUGAGAUGCGGAAACUGGCACCAAGGGAUGUUAAAAUACGAAUAUCGGCCCCGCAGGAGCGUCUUUUUGGGACUUGGAUUGGUGGUUCUAUCCUUGCGAGCUUGGAAACGUUCAAGAGAAUGUGGGUCAGUAAAAAAGAAUACGAAGAUGAUGGUAAAAAAGCGUUACAUAGGAAAACUUUUUGA